AUGACGGACGGGACUUUCAUGUCAAAGACUGCUGGUGAUCUUUUCUCCGAGGGGCCAAGAAACACCUCACCAGUCGGCUCCACAGGUUUAAAGGUUGAUUAUAAGGUGAUUUCGUUACCGUCGACAGAAAGGGGUAUUUACGUCGUAUUGGUCGAAGGAAAGAUACCGUUCGGAAAUGAUCCAGAUGAGAUACCCUACUUUGAGCGGUCAUACUCUCUGAAAGAUCUGAAUGAAUUACGGACGGCAUGGAGUGUAAUCAAAUCAUCUAGAGAACGUUUUGUCACGCAGCCUGAUGUGGAGGCGUUCAGUAAUCAUUUGACACUCGUACAUAAUUUCUGUGAGAUCGUGCUGAAUCAAGCGAAGAGUCGCGGAAGGACGACGGAUUUACCUAACGAGGAAACAUUUGCCCAAAUCAUCAGUUAUUGCCACAACCAUAGGGAAGAUCUGGAGGAGAGGACAGGAAGGGUAGGGUUGCGAGAAGCCGAUCAAGUCCGCAAGGAUGACACUUCCAAGUCAUUAUCGUCUACCCCUUUCGCUCUGACAGUUCUCCAAAGCAUGUUCAAAGAGUUCGAAAAGGGUGUUGAGGGGUUUGCGAGAAACAACCUCCGUCGGCAAAAGUCGGCCAAUCCUUCUUCGACAAAUCAUCCUCCCGAUUUCACUAUCCUGGAGCAAGCCGCCCUAUGGAACCUUUUUCUACUCAAACCGAGCGGGGCACCGGAGAAGACGGUAGAACAUCCGACUCUUCGAGACAAAGCGAUACUCACGGAUAUGAUGGGAUAUACAGAGGCGAUACCUCCUUGA